UUUUCCUCUCCUCAGUCUGUAUGUGACACAGAAACAUCGCUGUGAUCUGAAGCCACGUAAGAGCGACCCACUCUGUGCCUCUGUGUGUCUCUGUGAGUGUGUGGAGACACCACGUUACUGCAAAGUUGUGUUACCUUAGCUGUGUUACAUCUGCAGCCAGGAUGUCAGACAGCAGCUGGUCCCAGCCACGGGACAUGAGCAGCCUGAUCCAGGCAUGUAGUGCCAACAUCCAGAAGAUCAACCAAAACUCUGGUCAGAUCAAAAACCUUCUCCACCAACUGGAGACGAGACAGGAAACUUUGAAGCUCCAGGAGAAGCUUCAACAGCUACAGCACUACACCAACCAGCUGGCUAAAGAAACCAACAGACACCUGAAGGAGCUUGGCUCACUGCCCCCACCACUGUCUCCAUCAGAGCAGAGGCAGCAGAAGCUGCAGAGGGAACGUUUGAUGAACGAUUUCUCUGCAGCCCUCAACAACUUCCAGGUGGUGCAGCGGAGAGCAGCGGAGAAAGAGAAGGAAUCAGUGGCCAGAGCUCGAGCUGGAUCCAGAGUCAUGGGAGAUGGAGAAAAUGUGAAUGAACAGCUGGUGACAUUUGAAAAGGAGGAUGAAUGGGGUCAGAACCAGACUCAGACAGAGGAGCCGUCCAUCACAGAGGAGGACCUGGAGAUCAUCAGGGAGCGAGAGAUGAACAUUAGACAGCUGGAGGCCGACAUCAUGGACGUGAACCAGAUCUUCAAGGACCUGGCUGUGAUGAUCCAUGACCAGGGAGAUAUGAUCGACAGCAUUGAGGCCAAUGUGGAGCAUGCUGAGGUUUAUGUGGACAGAGGGGCGGUGCAGCUGCAGAAGGCAGCCUAUUAUCAGAGGAAAUCCCGGAAGAGGUUGUGCAUCGUGGCCAUGGUGCUGUCGCUUGUGCUCACCGUCUUCAUCAUCAUCAUCUGGCAGGCCAUCAAAUGAAAGAAGACCAACGCAAUACGAUACCAUCAGAUGACUUCCAGUGUGUAUGUGUGUGUGUGUGUGUUCAUGUGAGACAAGUGAAUGUGUGCAACAGUUGGUUUCUUUCGUUCACUUUGUGUGUUCAGAGGUGAGCAACACAAUGUCGAUAUUUAAUAUUUCCAAACGUUUGUUUUCCAUGUUCAGACUUCUACUAUUCAAGACUACUUCCUAGCAUACUGCUACUGCCAUUAAACAGCACUGAUACAUAGUCAUUACAAAGUACCAUUUAAAUUUGACAAUAUAAGAUGUAGACUUAAAAUACUGGAUGAUGGCUCUGUGUGCAUGUGUGAGUAACACUGUACGUCAGUAUGAGAAAUAAAAUCCCAGUGCAAAUCUUA